GUGUGUUUCUACAAAAGGAAACCAAAUACAAACUAGGAAGUACUUUUCUAUUAUCCAUGCACAAUAACUGUUGUACUAAAACUGAAGAGGAAGGUGAUCGUUAGACUGUAGUGUGUCAGCAGUGCACCCCAUUAAGCUUUCUGCACUGCUAAAAACUGGUUUCAUCAUGGAAUGGAUUUGGGUGCUGCUCUUUCUGUAUCACUUUGUGGUUCCUGUGUGGGGACUCUCAACAACAAGUGUAACUACUGCCACUACCACUAAAACCACACUGUCCACCCCACCAUAUCUUAAUGAUGUUGACAAAGUUUUUGUAAUAAAUCGCACUGAAACAACACUAGCAUUGCAAUGGAACAGCACCAACAGCAAUUACAAUUACACCCUAAUCUACAAUAAUCAGACAAACAAUAUCAGUGGAUCAGUUCUUGGUUCUGUAGUGACACACACAGUCACAAAUCUUACUUCUGGGACUGAAUACAGCUUUACACUCUACACUGUUUCUGGUAAUGACCAGAGCACUGGACUCAAAUUUACUGCUGUCACAAACCCUGAAAAUGUUAAAACAAUUUCUGUAAAGAAUCGCAAUGAGACUACAUUAAUAUUGAAAUGGAAUAUAGUAAAGAACAACAGCAUUUACAAUUACACACUGUGCUACAAUGAUCAGAAUGUCAGCAUCAGUACAUUGAAAGGAGUUUCUACAGUGACAUACACAGCCCCAGAUCUUACUGCUGGCACGGAAUACACCUUCAUACUCUACACUGUAUUUAAAGGAGUUCAGAGCACUGGAUACAAUUUUACUACUGUCACUACUCCCAAGAGUGUUAAAACAACUUCUGUAAUGAAUCGCAGUGAGACUGCAUUAACAUUGAAAUGGGAUAAAGUAGACAACAACAGUAAUUACAAUUACACACUGUGCUACAAUGAUCAGAACGUCAGCAUCAGUAACUUGGAAGGAGGUUCUACAGUGACAUACACAGUUCCAGAUCUCACUUCUGGCAUGGAAUACACCUUCAUACUCUACACUGUAUUUAAAGGAGUUCAGAGCACUGGGUACAGUUUUACUACUGUCACUACUCCCGAACAGGUUGACAACAUAUCUGUAAAGAAUCGCAAUGAGACUGCAUUAAUAUUGGAAUGGGAUAAAGUAAAAAACAACAACAUCUACAGUUACACACUGUGCUACAAUGAUCAGAAUGUCAGCAUCAGUACAUUGAAAGGAGUUUCUACAGUGACAUACACAGUUCCAGAUCUUACUGCUGGCACGGAAUACACCUUCAUUCUCUACACUGUAUUUAAAGGAGUUCAGAGCACUGCGAACAAUAUUACCACAGUAACUACUCCCCAAAACAUUACCAAGAUUUCUGUAAAGAAUUUCGGUGAGACUUCAUUAAUAUUGGAAUGGAAUAAAGUGAACGACAACACCCUUUACAAUUACAGACUGAGCUACAAUAGUAAGAAUGUCAGCAUCAGUGGGUCAAAUGAAGGUUCUGUUGUGACAUACAUAGUCACUGAUCUUACCGCUGGGACUGAAUACAUCUUUACUCUCUAUACUGUAUUUAAAGAAGCGGAAAGCAGAGGUUCCAACAUUGCAUGGCACACUAUUCCAAAUAUUGUUACUGGAUUACACUGUAAGUAUUCAUCAGGGGGAUAUGGUCUAACUCUUGUUUGGGAUCCUCCAAAUGGUGGGAGGACGGCAGUACAGGUCAACAUGAGCAGCACAAGCUUUAGAAACACAGGGGAAAGACUGUAUAUCGAUGGACUGCUGCCUGCUCAGUGGUAUACCUUUACUGCGUCUGCAUUCUCUGGACCUAUGCAGAGUAUCCCAGUUUCAAUUACCUGUCAGACUGACCCCAGAGGUGUCAUAGCGGGUGUAACAUCUCUUCUGCUGGUCAUUCUCAUCCUCUGUAUUGGUAUCUUUAUAUGGCAUCACAAGACAAAUAUAUCCAGUUUGUUUGAAUCCUCAAAUGAGACCAAAGUAUCCAGUAAUAAGUACAAACCAAUUCCCCUGAAGAACUUUCCAAUGCACUUUAGCUCAAUGAGCUGUGAUGAGAACCGUGGUUUCAGUGCAGAAUAUGAGGAUUUAAGUACAGUGGGUGCAGAUCAGAGUUGUACUGUGGCUACACUUCCUGAAAACAAGGGCAAAAACCGAUUUACCAAUGUUCUAGCCUAUGAUUCAUCUCGUGUGAAACUUGCUGCAAAUCCUGGCUCUGAUUCUGACUACAUUAAUGCUAACUACAUUCAUGGUUAUGGCAAGAAAAAUAAGCAGUACAUUGCUGCUCAGGGUCCCAACCCCUCCACUGUCAAUGACUUCUGGAGAAUGGUGUGGGAGCAGAAGUCUUCAGCCAUUGUUAUGCUGACCAACUGUACUGAGGGAGGAAAGAUUAAAUGUGAGCAUUAUUGGCCAAUGGACUACAUGCCCUGCCUCUAUGGAAAACUUAUGGUCACUAUCCAAUCGGAGCAGAAAGAGAGUUGCUGGAUUCAACGAGAAUUUGUUCUCAGAAAUGAAUCUUCCUCUGAGGAGCAAGCAGUAACACACUUCCAUUUCACAGCAUGGUCUGAUCAUGGAGUUCCUAUAAGAACAGAAGAGCUGAUUCAAUUCCGUUGGAUAGUCCGUAAGCACAUCGAGACCUUCCCAUUUAGUGGACCUACAGUGGUACACUGCAGUGCUGGAGUGGGUAGGACAGGUACUCUAAUCGCCCUUGACAUGUUACUGCAGCAGAUGGACAAAGAGGAAGUGGUUAACAUUGCUGAUUGUGUACAUCGCAUGAGGCUUAACCGGCCUCUCAUGGUACAGACUCAGUCUCAGUAUGUGUUCCUGCACCAGUGCAUCAUGGAAUCUCUGCAACCCAAAGAGGACUCCAUUCCUGAGCCUAUAUAUGAAAAUUCUGAUAUGAUCUACUCUAAUGCACUGGUUCUAAAUGAGUAUAAGGCAGCCAACACGGGAGUCUGAAAACACACACACACACACACGCACACACACACAGAGGAUCUCAUUGCAUCAAAACCACAUCAUUGCUCAUGUAAUAAUAUUUAUUUCAAGAAUACAUAAAAAUCCCCCAACAUAUUUGUUGCGAUGCCCCUGUGCAUAAUGUAUUCCUGGGUUCUUUGCCAGUCCACUCAAGAAACACACAUUGAUGUUUGUUUUGCUAAAUAUUAAAUUGUAUUUUCAUUGAAAUGCAAUUUAAUUUAAAUGUAGAAUUCAAAAGUUUUAUUAUGCUUGUGUUGGCUUGACAGUGUCAACAUAAUGUUCUCCAUAAUCAUCAUCAUAUUAUUAGUCUGUUCAAAGAUUUGUACUGCUUCUCAAAGUCGCAAUUUUUGAUAUAGAAACAUGAAAUUCAGCACAGAAUUAAAACCCAUAUUGUAAUAGGGAGUUUGUGCAUUUGGGCAAAUUUGGAAUUACAGUUGCCAUAUAGCAACAAUCUAAAGUGAAUCAUUUGAUAGUAGGGAAGUCUUCUUGCAGGCCAAAACAUAGGAGCUACAGACAUGAAACCUGAUCAUUAUGUAGAGACCGGCAACAUCUUAGCAACCACUUGGAAUAUCAUAGCAGCUAUCUAGAAAAACCAUAGGGACCAAUUACAAUAGCAAAAUAACAACCUAACAACAUCCAUGCAACCACCUUUAAUAUCAAAGCAACCAUGCAGCAACACUGAUUGAAAUAAAUUGGAUAUUAUAGCAAACACCUAGCAUCACCCUACUAUUCAGCUUUACUUGCUGAAAGACCUUUAACUGUUAAACUUAACAACAAAGCACUGUAAAAUUAUUUAACCCAUUAACAAAUUUAGCAGCCUUUAUCAAGCUAAUCCAUGAACUUUAACUUUCUAGUUCCUGAUUUAUGGUUAAUCUGAUCUGCCUAUGUGGGUAAAAAGCAAGCAAGUCUUCUAACCACUCAAACAAACUGCAAGCCUAAUCAUCAUGCACUAUUUGGGGUGAGAGAGAAUACCUUUAUAACUUUCAUUUUUGCUCAAUGCUCAAUCAAAAAGAAGACAUAAUGCAACAUUAUACAAUGUUUUAUUAUAAAAAACUAAUAUAGAAACAGUAAAUGUGAGAAAUUACAUGAUAUUUUUAUUUUUUUUAAAUACAUUUUUUAUUAAUUCGGUGAAA